UUCCUGUAUAAAAGUAAACAGUCGAAGCAGCCGAAAUUUGUAAAAAAGAAAAGGGUAUCAUUGCUAAUGAUUUGGAUUUACCAAAGUCUUGUAAUCUAAUGUAACAAAGCUAACAGCAUUUUCUCAAAAGAAAGCAUCAGAAUUUGUUAUAAUUAAAUGGAAACCAAACCGAUUGUCACUUGUCAUGGAGAUCAAUCUUUAUUCUCUGGUCUUCAUGCUGCAACAUUACAUGGACUGCCAAAAGAAGCUUGUGAAUGGCGUAGAUCAUAUGGGAGAGCACCAAGGACGAUUCAUUUAGAAGCAAGUUUUGUACCAUAUGAUGCUGACAUAUUGCCUGAUGAAACUACUAAAACUUUAGUCAGUCGGCCAUAUUUUCAUAUUUAUUGGACUGAUUGUGAUUUAGAAAGUUACAAGCAAACAGUUAGAGAAGACAUUGCUGAAUGGCAUUCAGCAUUAAAGGAAGCUAACAUCCCUGAUUGGUUGAUAGUAGUUGUUAUAAAUGAUGAAAGUAAGAUCAAGUCCAAGUUGCUGCCUAGAUCAUCAGUUAUUGACAAAGUACGCAAUGACUUCUGCAGUAAGCAAGCUGAUAGGUGUAUAGUUUUAUCUGAACCAAUGAAAACAGAUCAGAAGACAGCUGAAUCUUGGUAUAGUUUUUUCCAAAGAUUACGACAACUUUUACUUCAGGCCUUUAAUCAUCAUUUAGACAAAUAUGAAGAUAAAAUGAGAAGUUUAAGAGAGAAGAGAAAUGAACCUGGAUGGAAUUAUUUUGAUUAUUUUAUAUUCCAGGAAGAACUAGCAUUUAUGUUCGAAAUGUUGGGUUUAUUUGAAGAUGCUCUGAUACAGUAUGAUGAACUAGAUGCUCUAUUUACACAAUUUGUAGAAAAUCAUGCAAGUGGCGAUGUAGCAGAAUGGUUGACAUCAACGAUACAGUCGUGUAAAAGUUGGGCUGGCCUAUCUUUAUAUAAACCAAUAGACUGGUUAAAACGAGAUAUGAUCAAACUGAAUAAAGUCAGUCUGCUAGAAUUCAGAAAUUAUCUCUUCUCUCGACAUAGUGCUUUACUUUUCCUUAUGAACAAAUCAUGGAUUGUGGCACAGAGAGCCAUGGACUUUCUUUAUAAUACAGCUCAAGAAAUCCAUUCUUUAGAGAUUGAUAUACCACAAGGAGCUUUAUCAUGUUGGAUGUUUAUGAGUUGUUUAGAAGUAUUAAGAGCCUGUGAAACCCUACCACAAACUACUCAAUUAGAUAGAUACUCACUAUAUACUGCUACAUUACGAGAUUAUGCUAGAACAAAGUUAAAAGAUUUGGGUUAUUUAUGUGGUUUAAUGCCUGGUAGUGAGCCGACAUCAGAACAAUUAAGUCAUGUUGUAGAUUUAUCAGCUGGUAUGGGACUAGAUACAGGAGAAGAAACAGAAGCCGGUCAAGUUCAUCCUAGAGACAGAUUACGAGAGGCUUUAUCAUCAGAAUCAUCUUUUAAGAAACAUUAUUUAGAAAUGUGUGAAUUAACUAUGGGAACGUAUAAACAUAUCAGUAGAUUUAGAUCAGCUAGAAUAUUAGGUAGAGAUAUGGCUGAUUUCUACAUGAAAAUUGGUGAACCUCAGAAAGCAGAAGGAUUUUUAUUAGAUGCUAUAAAGAUGUAUCAACAAGAGAAUUGGGGUAAUUUGGCAGAUGGUACAAUGAUAGAUCUGGCUCAAUGUUUAUUGAGUAUGAAUGAAGUGGAUAAAUAUUUUAAGACUGCCUGUCAUAUAGCCUGUAGUUGUUGUUUAAAGUUAGAUGACAGAAAGGAAUAUUUUAGAGAACUACUCAGAUUAGCUUCCGAGAAUGAAGGGAAUGUAUACCAAAUGAAAGCUAGUACAGUAUUUACAUUAGAGGAAGCCAAUAUAAAUAAUUCAUCUGUUAUAUUACAUGAUGAUUUUAUUGUUGAUUUGACUGUUAAAUGUAAUUUUCCUGAACAAGUUGUAUGUAAUCAGAUAGAAAUAUCAAUUAUUAAAGCUGGCGACCUCGGUGUAAGUCCUUUCAAACGAAAAACACAUGUUCGGAAUCCUAGUCUCACAUUUAAAAAUCACGAACAUAUACCUAAUUUUAGACCAAUCACAAAACAGCUUCCCACCCACAUUGAUGCCCAUUCUACCUAUGAAAGACGUAAUGGAAAGGUAGUAUCAUGUGCUAUUGGAUGUGCUAAUGCUCACGAUUUAUUGAAAAGAUGUGAUAGUGGUCCUGUAGAAUCAGAAAUCAUGUUAAAGGGAGAUUAUUCAUUAUGUAUGAGUGUAGACAAUGUCACAUUAAAUCCAGGAUGCAAUGAAAUACAGCUAAGAGUAAAGACAGAAGAUAAAGGUGUCUACAGAUUAAGUCAGAUUUGUUAUAAAAUAAAACAGUCAGAAUUUCUAAAAUCACUUGCUAAUUGUGAUCUUCAUUUUGAAGUUGUUUGUAAUGAGCCUUAUGUAGAACUCAAGCCAUCAAAACAAGAUAAUUUCCUAGCUGGUAUUCAACAAGAUGCUAUUUUGGCAUUACAUACUGGUAGCUAUAAUAUACCAGAUGGUUCUGUUAUAACUAUAGAAUUUAAUGGUAAUGUUACCAUACUAACAGAAAGUGGAGAUAACUCUAUUAGAAUUGGAGGUAUAGCCAGCAGACAGACUGUAGAAUAUAAAUUAAGUUUAUAUCAAGAAACAAAACAACAAGUCAAACAAACUACAGAUGUUAAAAUGAGUUGUAAAGUUGAUUGCUGGGAUAAAAUCAUGACCUGUAACCUGUCAUUCCAUCAUCCAUUCCAAGUCACACAUAAACUUCAUACUGCAAAAGAAAAAAAAUAUCUACAGAUUGUGGUGUGUGGCCAUGUUCAGUCUGAGUUUUACUUAGUUCGUCCAGAGUUAUCUUGUCUCAAUUGUCUUGAUCUAGAAUUAAUACCAUAUAAUAAAUUAACACAACAAUGGAGAGUAAGUUGUGAUCAAUCUGCAACCUUCCUGUGGAUGAUUAAACCCAACAUAUCAGAUCUACCAAACUUAGAUAUGUGUUUUAACUUUAAAUAUACUUCAACAUUAGAUGUUUCUGGUGAACAAAGAUUAUUUAGUUAUAUCUGUCAACUAGAACAUUUUCAGACACAAUAUCAGUUAAGUUACACAGUAACGUCUGAUGAUAAGACUUGUACAACCAGCACACCAGCCACUUUAACUAUUAAUGUACAGAAAGCCUUGACAUGUAGUAGGACAGACCAUAGACUUGUUUAUCAAGUGAGUGUAGAUGGUACUACGUGGGCAUUAGCUGGAAAAUCUACUGGUGUGUUUAACGUAAGUGAAAGAGAAUAUGAAACUAAGAUAGAUGUAAUACCAUUACAAUCAGGUUUAUUACAUAUGCCAUUAGUAAAUAUACAUCAAUAUAUAGAUAGUACAGAUAGUCAGACAGAAGUUUGGGUUAGAAAGCCAUCAGAUAGUGAUACCAGUGAUGUAAAUAAACCAGUGAAAGAUGUAACAAGAUUCGCUCCUUUUAAUACGGGAGAGGUUUAUAAUAAUAGUCAAUGUCAGCAAGUUCAUAUAUAUCCUUCACUAGGAUCUCUUGAUUCAGAACUUAUUGUUAUUCCAUUAUAAUCACAUCUAUUCUCUUCAACCAAAUUGACACCGUUAGGAUCAAUGAUGAAAAGAAACCAAAAGGAAACUGCUUUGUUAUGACACAAAAAGAACUGUAAAUAACAAUCAGAUAUCUAAACCUCUUUGGGUACAAUGUAGCCAGGUUGGUGCUUAUCUGCCAUUAAAGGACAAUAUUGGUGCCAGUCAUUAUCACAUAAAUUCAAAUGUUGAAAUGCAUUCAUUGAAGUAUUAAUUCUAUUGGAGAUAAAACAGGCUCUUUACAAUUAUUUUUUUCUAGUGUAUUCUUUUUGGCUUAGAAUGUUAAGAACAUUGUUAACCCUUGAACACAGAAUUUGGUUUAUCUCAACAUUGGCUUGUUUUAUGGACCUAAAAUUUUCAACGAACACAGAGUGUCUUCUUGCCAAAUUAAUCAACCUAUAAAAUCCCAUGAAAUUUUAUUUUGACCUGGUAAAUUUAACCAACAUAUUUCAUUACAUUCAGUCAUAUUUACUGUAGAGGUCACAAUUUUUAAUCCGAUUUUGAGGAAACUGAAAUACACGUAUAUGUUUAUGGCCACUGCUUGUACGAAAAAUUGCUUUUUAUAUACCCACAUGGAAACGCGGUCAUAUAUUGCCGCCACCUCAGUCCAUCCGUCGUCCACAAUUUAUUGUGAGCACUUUAAAAACUACAUUUAUUAUCUGAUCAGUUUGAAAUUUAAUUUUUUUACAUUAGUGAGAUGAAGAAUCCUAUUUGAUUUCAACAAUUUCCAUUAAUUACUUCUAGAGUUAUGGCCCUUGUUUGACUUUGUUGAACCUUUUGAACGCUCUAAUGGAAAGUUAUCAUCCGAUCUGUAUUAAAUUAACAAUUUCUGUUUAUUACUUCUAGACUUAUGGCCCUUGUUUCACUUUGUUGAAACAUGUGAACGCUCUAACAACUAAAGUUAUCAUUCGAUCAAUAUGAAAUUUAUAUAUAUUAUUUAGGUAAGUAAAACGAAGAAGCCUAUUGAAUUUCAGAAAUUUCCUUUAAUUACUUCUAGAGUUAUGGCCCUUGUUUCACAUGUUGAACCGCUUGUGAAAAGGGCUCGAACUAGUGGGUGAAAUAGUUGCCCAACCGCUGCUGAUUUCACCUUCCAAAAAACCUAGGGUGAAGUUGAAGUCACCCUCAUGUCGCCGUAUAUUUAUUGAAAGGCGAAGUUAUUCUGGAGACAGAUUUACCAUACAUAAACAAACACCAAACACGUGUGACUCAAUGUUAGGAUCGAAGGGAAAUGUGAAAAUUAGACAUAUUGAGCUUGCACUAUCUUGUAUGUAUUAAAGCUAAAGUAAAAUAACAAAUUUGUAACUAAAUAAAUGACUAUUUUGUCUGUUCUUUAUUAGGGAAAUGAUUUUGUUGUCAUUUAGGCCUUCAUAGUGUAUAGUUCUCCAUUGCUUUCUAUCAUAAAUUUAGUUUCUAUUUUCCCGAAAUUCAAAUUCAUUCCCCAUAAAUCGAACAAUAAUAAUAAUAAUAAUUAUGUUGGAAUGGCGAUAUAUUUAAACAUUUUUUAAAACCGGAUAAAAAAUUGUACCUAAACUAAAAAAAACCUGAUUUUUCGUACAAUCAGGGGCCAUAAUCCAGGAAGUUACAGUCCAAUAUGAACAAAUAUCAAAAGGAACCACAAUCUUUUGAUUGUAAACAUACAUUUCAAGUUUCAUCAAAAUCGGAUGAAAAUUGUGACUUCUCAGGUGUUAAAUACUUUUACACUAUUUGCGUACGAGGAGCGGCCAUUUUGUCUGGCAGUUUCAGUCAGAUUUUUACGAGGUUUCAAUUCAACCUUCAUUGACGUGUAACGGUGAUAUAUUUAAACGGUUUUUAAAAUUGAAUACAAAUUGUGACUUCUAGCGGGUCCACAAGCUAAAAAUGCGAUUUUUCCGAACAAUCAGGGGCUACAGGCAGGGCUGUCGGUAAUUUUUCACAGAUGAUUAGCAGCACUGCUAAUCAAAAAGUCCAAUUUUGCCAAAUUUGAUUAGCAACUUUAAAAAUUGAUUAGCAGUUUUUCAGUUUCAAAUCAACAUAAAACACCUAAAUAACAAGAUUAUUUUAAUUUUAAUUGAUAGCAAAUGAUUAAGAUUUCAUUCUUAAGAUUUUUUUAGAAUGUUAGCACUUCUACAGCUAGCUGUGAACAUUUCUGAAUGAAUGUAGACUUUUGUUAGGCCUUAUGUCUGAAGCCAAUUCUUGGCAGUGGCUUCUUAUUUCUUCGUUAGAAAACAAUUUCGUCUGCUUUUUAUCGUGUGUUAUUAUUUUUGUUCAAUCGGAAGCACGCGGUAUUUUACGAAUAAUUUCGAUUAACUAGACGCACGCGAUAUAAACAAUAAUAGUUUACGGGAAUUCUUACUUUGAUUUCUCACUUUACAAUACGUUUACACGUAUUUAUUUUUUAUAUUUUAUUUACAAUACGUGGGGGAUACACUGAAUUUAUUUUUUUUCAAAUUGAAUACUGAUAUAAUUACUCGAAAUUGACAUGUCUCGCAACGUGAGUGGUACUACUUGAUUCCCUAUUUCCGGUUUAAUAGUCCCGAUUCAUAGAGUUAUGUCCCUGUAUUAUAUAGUAUCAUGAAUUGAGUCUGGGUAGUUCGAGAAGAAAAUGUCACACGGAGAAUUCCGUUUUGUUUAUAAAAUUUAUUUGAUAUUUUAUACGCGUUGAAAGUGUUGAGAAAUGUGGAUAAAUCUUUGUGUCAAUAUCCAAAAUGACAGGCAUAUUAUUGAUUCGCAGUUACUGCGAAUCAAAAACGUUAGAUUUUAAUUUUUGAUUAGCAACGGACAAAAUAUGUAUCGCAAAUUGCGCUGCGAUACUGGUUGUCGGCAGCCCUGGCUACAGGCCUAAUCCAGGAAGAUAGGUUCGGAUAUGUGCGAAUAUUGAAGGCAACUAAAGAUCUUUGUAAUAUAAACAUAAAUUGAAAGUUUCAUCAAAAUAGGAUAAAAAUUGUGGCCUCUAGGACCCACAACUUUGAUAUACCAUAUUUGUACACUAUUUGCAUACGAGGGGCGGCCAUUUGUCCGGCAGUUUAGGUCCGAUUUUCACGAAAUUCAAACCAAACCAUCAUUAUGGUGUAACGGUGGUAUGUGCACACGUUUUUUUAAAUCAGAUAAAAAUUGUAAGCUAUAGAGUGUCCACAAGCUAAAAACGUGAUUUUUCGUACAAUCAGGGGCCAUAAUCCAUGAAGUUAUGGUCUGAUACAUGCCAAUAUCGAAAGGAAAUGAGAUCUUUGGGAGAUAGACCUAUAUUUCAAGAUAUGUCAAAAUCAGAUAAAAUUAUCCACAAACAAAUUGUGGGUGGACGUCCGGACGGACAGGGGCGACGGCAUAAUAUGUCCCCAUGAAAAUGUAGGCAUAUAAAAAAUAGAUAUUAAGAAAGGGAAUAUGCUGAAAAUUUAAGUCAAAUUACUUCACUCUGAGCCGAGAAUUCUCAUUUUAACAACACUGUAGCCUCAUUUCAUUUGUUACAAUAAUAAACAAAGUUUAGAUUAUACAUUUUUACUGUUAAUCAUCAACAGCCGUUGAACUACAGAUCUGAUUUAAAUCCUGUUGAAAAUCGGACCCAUCAAGAGUUGAUUAUGAUCUUGUCAUGUUAAUAAAUGUCUAAUUAAUAGUUUAUAUAACAUUUAAGGCCUAAAGUAAGACCUGCAAUAGGCAGAUUUAGCUCUUACAUAAUGUAUGUUUAAAAUAUAGAUUUGUUAUUUAUUAAUGUAGAGAAAUAAUGUCAUAUAUCAUGUUAUACUGUGAAUAAAAUUUAAUAGCAUAUUAUCUGUGCAAUAUGUUCUGU